AUGUCAAACAAACCACCGACGAAUUUGAUCCAGGACUGGUCAUCCAAGCUCAUCGGCAAAAAGAUCACUGACUCCGGCUUUCCCAAAGGUGAUUUACCACAGAAGAGCAGAGUUGUGGAGCCCGGAUCGUUCCUCACGAGAGACUUCCACGAGGAUAGGUUGAAUGUGCAUGUUGAUGGGAGUGGGAAGGUUACGCACUUGACGCAGGGUUGA